CAUUUCUCACUUUCAAGGCUGUAAAAAUCCUUGUUGCCGCCCUGCCGGGGUGUUGUCGCCAGUGGAAUUAAAAUGCAUUCACAAUGUUUGACUCGGUCUUCCUCGCCUGCUCUGGGUUGUUGCUGGUUGCUGGGUGCCGUGGAGCAGAGGAGCUGUGCCAUACCCCCCCGUUCGUCCUCUCAUGCCCCUCCACCCCCCGUGUGCGUCUCCCAGUCUAUCAGUGACCCCACGCCCCCAUCCAGCCCCUACCUGACCCAUCCCGUCGUGUUGCCGCCCAAGUCCUGAGCCCCCUUCUCACCCCAUGCUUGGGACAAAGCCAGCUCACUGCCAGCCCAAUGACUGCCUGGAUCGUCCUGCCUGUCAGCUUGGCUGCCUUCUCCAUCACAGGAAUAUGGAUAGUGUAUGCGAUGGCUGUAAUGAAUCACCAUGUUUGUCCUGUAGAGAACUGGUCUUACAACGUCACAUGCACAGAGGAGUCGCCCCGACCGGGCUUCCCCAAGACCUGCUGCACCAUCCAGGACAUCCCCCUCAUCAGUAAAUGUGGCUCAUUCCCUCCUGAAAGCUGCCUGUUCAGCCUGAUUGGCAACGUUGGAGCCUUUAUGGUGGUGAUGGUGUGCUUCCUGCGCUAUGCUCAGGUGAUCGAACACAGCCACCAGUGUUGGGUCAACACCAGCGCACUGGUGUCUGGCUGCACCAACGCCGUCGGUCUGGUCAUGGUUGGAAACUUCCAGGUUGAUCACGCCAAAUCUCUCCAUUAUGUGGGUGCUGGUGUGGCGUUUCCUGCAGGACUGCUGUUUGUGUGCUUGCAGUGCGUCCUCACCUACCGAGUGGCCAUGACCACCCUGGACUACUGGAUGGCUCACUUCCGGGUGGCUCUGGCGCUGGGAGCCAUGGUCUCCCUGGUCCUCAGCGGCAUCUUCUUCAUCCACGAAAGCUUCGUCCUGCAGCACGCCGCCGCCAUCUGCGAGUGGGUCUUCACCGUGGACAUCCUGGUCUUCUACGGCACCUUCACCUACGAGUUCGGCACCGUCACCACCGAGACCAUGAUGGCCGGCCUGCAGCAGAGCCAGCACGGCUCGGGGGUCAUCAUGGACCCCAUGUCCAGGGCGUCGACGCUGGGCGGGGCCACCAAGGGCCUGAAGUCCCCCGGCGGCAGCAGCACGUCCACACACCUCAACUGCACCCCAGAGAGCAUAGCUAUGUUGUAGCUCCGUCUGGAAAAAAAAACAAAACAGAAAAAAAAAGUCACUGCAGAGGUGCUCCACUGGCAGCAUGUGAAGCAAGAGAGCAAAUUUGUAUAACUGUAACCUCAGCGACACCAGGUAUUUCUACCCAUAAUGCUCUACGGCCUUUGUUUUGUUUUGGUUUUUCUCCUCCCUUCUCAGUUCUCAUAGCAGAUUACGUUGAAUGUUUGGAGCCAGCUCGAAAACUGGAACCGUGAAUGUUUUCCAAGACGGCGGUUAAAGUUGACGACUCUGCAUGGUGUUCGUCUCUAAAAAUCGGUCCCCCUGGGUUCUUGGUUUCAAAAGACAAAAGUUCCUACCACCCUCAAAAGUCAUUUUUGUUCCCCCCUCUCCUCUCCUCUGACUCUCCAGUCCAACGCUUUGCGCGGUCCUCCUCUUUUGGCCUUUUGCUUAUCUCUGCACGGCACUGCUCCUGAACGGAACAAAACGAGUUUAUUUGUUUGGUUUUUUUUUUGCAUCGUAAAACAAAAAGAGAAAAUAAUGAAUGUUGCGAAGUGAAUAGCUAUAGUAUAUUUUACAGACUGUAAGCUUUACGGUCUAAUUUGAUCAAUCAUGCAUUAAUAAUUUGAAAGGCAUAUAACCAUUAAAUUCAUCUGCUUUGAUUUGAUUGCACUUAUAAUUUAAUGUCUCUUUUUUUCUAUACAUAUUUAAAUAUACACGUCUAGAUUUGUCUCAAUCAUUAUUCAUGUCGGUGCAAAACUGGAUGGUCUUUUCUGUUGUAAUGACUCGCUUUAAGCUGAAAAGUGAUUUUUUUUUUCAAUCCAAAGUUACAUGAAAUGUCAAAAGCAACAAUCAUCCGAUAAUUUCCACUCCUCUGGGGUGAGCAAUGCCUUUCUCGGAGUGUUUGAGCUGCCAGGUGAGACCGACGUUUCCAGUGGCCUACAUGUGAUGCUAGAAAUGAGUGACGGCAAAACUACAAUCUGACUUCAGUAUUUGCUGUAGGGUUCUCGUCCCGACACUUUACACUGGCUGCGUUCCAGGCUGGAUCCCUGGAAGCCUUAUACGAGUUUAAGAAAUGUCUUUUUUUUUUUUAUGUGCUCAUGUGAAGCCUUUCAAAAGAUUUUCUUCACAACAUUUGCAAAAGUAGUCACUCCCCUCAGACGUUUACCAAAUUCAAUGGGAUUUAUUGGGAUUUUAUGGGAUAGAUUGACACAAAGCAGUUUAAAAAUAAACAUUAUUUUCAGCUCUUGAUGAUUUUGUGCGGCCGCCUGGCUGUAAACAGAGAACGGUACAAAUUUGACCAGGACAGGCCGUGAUGUUGCCUAUGACAACUGACUGUAAAAUUUCUGAAACUGACACUUUUUUUAUUUAUUUAUUUGGUUUCCAGAUCUAACAUUAAUUCCAAAUCUAUUUUCUGGAGAAAUCUAUUCCUUUGCCUAUGUUUAGGAUAUUAAUGUUGAGCAUGUAAAAACAACAACCAAAAAAAAAAGUCACAAUCAUAUUUAGUUUUAGCUUUACAAUUUUUGGCAAUUUUUUUUUUUUUUUACAUUUUUUAUAAAAAUUUGUUUUUUUGUAAAAAAGAAAAAAAGUCACUUCUGCAGUGGAAUAUCGACAUUUAUGCAGAAAUGCAAUUAAAUACAGGUGGAUCUUUUUACGGGAGGCUGCGGGGGAUAACUUUUACUUUGUGUUGCUUUAUCACAAAAAGUCCCAAUAAAAUACAUUUAAAGUCCUGGUUGAUUAUAGGUGAACUAGUUCUAGGGUGUGAAACCUUUUCCAAUUUAUUUUUAUUUAAAUGUUUUUAUAAUUGGUGCUGUCACAACAGUGUUACAAUGAGACACUGCCAUACAGGUUGUUGACUGACUUCAAACCAUGCUGUACCUACGUUGUAUCCCGCCCCACCCUUCUUUUUUUAUCGGUUCCUGCAGCCGAUUUGUUUAUCGAGAAGAAAACUGCCGCAACGCUCCGAGUCACAACCUGUACAGGUUUUGCUCAGAUGAAAGUUUUCACUGCUAGGUUUCAUAAAGCACACAUCUAUAAUCUCUGUUCUGUUUUUUUUUUUUUUUGGUCUACCGCUUGAUGCGUUUCAUUUCGUCAAACUCACAGGAUGCCAGCAAUAUGCAUUUUCAAACGGUCACGUCUCCUACCUCUUUUGUGGGUCUGAUGUGAAAGAUGGGAGAUCCAGCUUUCCAACUUGUUGGAAGUAUUUUUCUUUUGUUUUGUUAUUUUUUUUUAUUUUUUUUCUUAUUCUGUGGUCGAAGGUUCAGUAUUUUCCAGCUGUGUCCACAAGUGUCAGAAUGUGACAGAGCUGGGGUUAUGCUGUUACAUAAGCUGAAUGAGCACACUGCGCUUUCAUCGCUUACUGUGCAAAAAGUUUGAACUUGACAUUUUUGUUGGACUGCAGAAAACCAUGCCAAAAAAAGACUGGAGUAUACAGUUUUCUUUCUGUUUAUAUGAGUGUGUGUGUCAGAUGUGACGGUAUGAGCUAGUAUGAAGUGCACUGUUUUCAGCCUUAUCCCAUGUACUCUGCCUAAGAAACUUUCUUUUUAUUAUUAUAUUUGACUUUUGUUUAGCUGUAGCCUUUUUUGCCAUACUGUAACCAAUUCAACGUGCGACUUUAAACGGCAGCUUGUGAGCCCAAACACCAGGGCCGAAACAGCUUCUGUACCAUUAAAACCAUUCAACAUGCCAAAUAAUCCAAUGAAAGGUGGAGAUUUUUUCUUUUUCUUGUUUUUUUUUUGUUUUGUUUUUAGAUCAUUGUGUGCACUAAGGUUUUGUGUGGAGCCUUAUGUUUUAGAAGGCCGCCUGACUUUUACGUCAACACUCGCAACACAGAUCCAAAUGUCUAUAAAAUGUACUCUCUUCCUACGUCCUGUAAAUUUGAAAAAAAAAAAAAAAGAUAUAGAAUAUUAACGAAGGCAUCAGAGAAACCCCCUGUAUAAAAUUUUAAAAAAGUCAACAGAAAUUGUUUCCUUUUAUAAAUUCUGUAAAUAUGUCUGAUUUUUGUCUAUCAUUUAGGCCUUUUAUUUUGACAGAGAUUUAUAUUCAAAUAUGAAAUAAAAAAUGAGAAGUUA